AUGGCAUCAACUGCCAAGCAGCCAGCUAAGGGCAUUCUCAAGAAGCCCAAGGAUGCCGCCAAAGAGCCCGACGUCGAUCCUAGGGAGGUCGCCCUCCAGCACGCCAGGAUCAUCCAGCAUCGCAAAGACCUUGAGGCUGAGAUCCUGGAUAGUCUCAUCCUUCUCUCCGAGUACCCUCUUGUUCGCGAAGCCCCGCACAACGCUGCGAACCCUGCACCGUCCGACAUUGCCGACUUCAAGGCUCACGUACGCCUGUUCCAACCCUCGGAUUAUGACGACCUCAUCAUCGAGCGCAACGUCAACGAGCUGUGCGGAUACUCACUUUGCGCGAAACCCCGGCGACAGGUUGGGCCUGGUGGCGAUUGGAAGAUUCUAGCCAACGGAGACAUUGUCAAGCGGAAGGAUGUCGAGAUGUGGUGCUCACAGAAAUGCGCCCGUCGCGCCCUCUACGUCAAGGUCCAGCUGAACGAGACGGCUGCAUGGGAGCGCGCGGGUAUCCCAGACAUUCAAAUCGAGUUGCUCGACGAGACACAAACAGACGUUGACCGAGCUGCACAGAAGCUGGGCGACCUUAAGCUGGAGGAGCAGCGACAAACAGCUCGAGAUACAGCUGCCUUGGCCCUCGAACGCGGCGAGCGCGAACCUGUGCAACGAGACAAGGUCAAGGUUACGCUCAAAGAGAAGGAUGUCAAGGCGCCUUCCCCUGUUCCAGACACACCGGAAGUCUACGAUGAUGACCAUUUGGUCGUUGAGGGCUACAAGAGUAAACUUCGUCCAGAUAAUGAAGAGGACCAAAAGAAAUAA